CUGGCGGGAGUUGUUACCACCUUUAUAGAAGGAACGAAAGGAAAAAGAAGGUCAUAAUAUUCAAAAAGAGAGAAUUCAAGAGAGGAAGGAUGACGCCACAGAGACAAAUACUCGAGCAGCAGCAGCAGCAGCAAUUACAGAUGCAAAGAGUGAGGAACUCAGGAUUUCUCAGCUUCAGUGAGAGCCCCAUCAAAGACGAGAAUGACGAGGUGUCAAGAUCGGCUCUUGCUGCAUUCAGGUCAAAGGAAGAGGAGAUUGAGAGGAGGAAGACAGAGGUCAAGGAAAAAGUGCAAAAUCAGUUGGGCCGUGUUGAGGAAGCCAGCAAGCGGUUGGCCGAGAUUCUAGAUGAGCUAGAAGCUCUUACAGAUCCAAUGAGAAAGGAGGUCGGCAUUGUGCGCAAGAAGAUAGACAUUGUUAACCGAGAAUUAAAGCCACUGGGACUGGGCUGCCAGAAGAAGGAGAGAGAAUACAGAGAAGUGUUAGAGGCAUUCAAUGAGAAGAGUAAAGAAAAGGCUCAGCUGGUUGCCAAACUGACGGAGCUGGUAAGCGAGAGCGAGAGGUCGAGAAUGAAGAAGCUGGAGGAGCUGAGCAAAAAUGUAGAAACCCUACGCUAGGGGCUCAAGAGAGGAAAUAUUUCAACGUGUUCCUAAUCUCAGCUCUCAAGAUCUCCCUUCCAGAUCUCGGUAUCUGUACACUGUUUAAUUUGUUAUUCGUAAAGAAUACUAUGCUUCACCUUAGGAAGAGAAUAACAUGGCGGGCUAAUAAGGCGCCCUUUCUGAGGGGAACUGUUUGUGUGUAUGGAAUGUAUUCUACUCUUUUUUAGCGCAUGCCAGACCAGAAUGUCGUUCAUUUUCAUUGUGGAUGAAAAGAAAUCCUGGUAUAUGGACCUUCAACAGUUGAAUUUCCUUCUGAUUAUAAGGGAAAAUCGAUAAAA